AUGGGAAACAUAUUUUCCAAACCAGUAAAGAAAAUGAACACCUAUGAAAUGACUGAAGAGGAUGAGAAUGAAUCGAUGAUGAAUGCUAAAGAAGGAGGCAAAGACAUAAUUCCUGACCUUCGGAAAUUCCCACCACCCUUGUAUGAGCCCCCGGAGGAGGCCCAUUCACCCGAUGAUGGUGGUGCUGAUGAUGAAAUGAGUUCCGAUAUAACCUCUGACAUAACCGCUGAGGAAGAGGAUCGAUUGGAAGAGGAAAGGGAAAAAAAGAGAAGGAAGGAAAUGAGAGAAAAAGAGGAGGAGGAGGAGGAGGAGGAAAAGAAAGAAGAAAUGGAGGAAUUGCAGGAGAUGGGAACAACAGUCCAGGAGAUGGGAGCAACGGCAAUGGAGCCCCCAGUUGACAAACUAAGUUUAGUGUACAACGAAUGCAGAGUCUACAGAGAACAGGAAAAAAAGAGAAAAAGGGCUGAGAAAUGGGAACUAGACCAAGAAAAAAGAAAAGCCCUUAGAGAACUAAAAUUUAAACUCUUGAAUGAAAGUUACAGAAAAUUGACGAAAAUCGAGGGAAAUGACCUGGAACUUUUGAAGAUGCUUCAAAUCUGUCAGAAAAAAGCUGGUGCUAAGGACGACGACGAAUAUUACUGGGAUUUAAAAGUAUCAGUUGAAAGAUCGGAAAGGGUUGGAAGAAGUUUUCAUUUCCUUCUUGGAGGUCAAUUAGUGAAAAAGAGACACUGUUCAAUCUAA